GGGAAUGGGUAUCUCAUUAUGUUGCCCAGGCUGGCCUUCAACUCCUAGGCUCAAGCAAUCCUCCAGUCUCAGCCUCCUGAGUAACUGGGACUGUGUUUUUUUGUUUUAUUUUGUUUUUAAUUUGGUCUUGAAGUGGAGUUAUAUAGGGUGGGGGGAGGGAGGAUGGAGUAUGACUUGAAGUGUGGGUUAGGUUCUGAAGCGAGCCUAGGUGACAAAAUAGCUUACAAGCAAAGCUACCCUUGAAAUGUCAGGGAGGCAGCAUGUUAAUUGUAGGAAUACCAGUGUUGCAGAACUCUGACAUGGCCAGUGUGAUAUUGUAAAAUAUAUAUUUGGCCUUCAUCCCUGUCUCCUGUGGCAUACAACUCCUAUAAUCCUUGAAAUCUCCAAAAUGAUUAGUGUCUUUUUAUAUGCUAAGGAGCUGACUGAUGGCUGGCAGCCUCUAAGUAACUUGAGCAUGGAGGCUGGUCGCUUGAAAGACCCAGGCAGGAUUAGAGGGUUGGGACCUUCAACCCCUCCCCAGUGUCCCACCUCUGGGGAGAGGAGAAGGCAGAGGAGCUGAUGACCACCAGUGGUCACUGGUUUAAUUAAUCAUGUCUAAGUAAUGAAGCUUCCAUAAAAACCCAAAAGACUGGGUUUGGGGAGCUUCUAGAUAGCUGGACAUGAGAGGUUCCUGGAUGAUGGUGCCCCAGAGAGUGCAUGGAAGCUCUGUGCCCUUCCCACAUGCCUCGCCCUAUGUAUCGCUUCAUCUGUAUCCUUUAUAAUAUGCUUUUAUAAUAAACCAUUAUAUGUAAGUAAAGUGUUCUUCUAAGUUCUGUGAACUGGUCUAGCAAAUUAAUAGAACCUAAGGAGGGGGUCAUGGGAACCCCGAUUAAUAGCCAGUUGGUCAGAACCACAGGUAAAACAACCUGCUUCUUGUGGUUGGUACCUAAAAUGGAGGCUAGUCUUGGGGGAGUCACCCCUCAACUUAUGGGAUCUGACACAGUCUCCAUCCAGAAUAAACAGCCAUUGGACUCUUCAAAGAAAAACGCUGUCUCCAUCAAGUACUGCUUUCGCAGGAUAAGUGACCAUUUUUAAUCAGUUGAAAUUAACAGAAAGUAGCAGUUAUUUUUGAAAGAUGACAUCAAUUAUAUAAUAUAGUAAAGAGAUUUAAUUUUUAGUCCUUUGUUUCUUACUGCACAAAUUGUAUGGUGUUUGAAUAGAAUUCCCAUGAUACUGACACUUCAGAAAAUACUUGCUUGAUGGCUGCCAAUCUCUAUAACUUACAUUGGACAGUACUUAGGAAUAUUCAUGUGAGUUCAUUCCUCCCUGCUCAGAUUCUUCAGCUCCUCGUGGUUGGUUUAUUCAACUGGACUUGAUCACUAAGUCUUCAAUAGCUGAGAUUCUCCAUCUUAAUCUACCUGGAGGCAAGAGCAGAUUGGUUGUUUCAUUAUGGAUGGAGGGGAUGAUGGUAACCUUGUUAUCAAAAAGAGGUUUGUGUCUGAGGCAGAACUAGAUGAACGGCGCAAAAGGAGGCAAGAAGAAUGGGAGAAAGUUCGAAAACCUGAAGAUCCAGAAGAAUGUCCAGAGGAGGUUUAUGACCCUCGAUCUCUAUAUGAAAGGCUACAGGAACAGAAGGACAGGAAGCAGCAGGAGUAUGAGGAACAGUUCAAAUUCAAAAACAUGGUAAGAGGCUUAGAUGAAGAUGAGACCAACUUCCUUGACGAGGUUUCUCGACAGCAGGAACUAAUAGAAAAGCAACGAAGAGAAGAAGAACUGAAAGAACUGAAGGAAUACAGAAAUAACCUCAAGAAGGUUGGAAUUUCUCAAGAGAACAAGAAGGAAGUGGAAAAGAAACUGACUGUGAAGCCCAUAGAAACCAAGAACAAGUUCUCCCAGGCGAAGCUAUUGGCAGGAGCUGUGAAGCAUAAGAGCUCAGAGAGUGGCAACAGUGUGAAAAGACUGAAACCGGACCCUGAGCCAGAUGACAAGAAUCAAGAGCCCUCAUCCUGCAAGUCUCUCGGAAACACCUCCCUGAGUGGCCCCUCCAUCCACUGCCCCUCUGCUGCAGUCUGUAUCGGCAUCCUCCCAGGCCUGGGCGCCUACUCUGGGAGCAGCGACUCUGAGUCCAGCUCAGACAGCGAAGGCACCAUCAAUGCCACCGGAAAGAUUGUCUCCUCCAUCUUCCGAACCAACACCUUCCUCGAGGCCCCCUAGUUUCUCCGUCCUUACACAGGGACCUCCUCCCCAAGGGUAGAUCAGACCGUUCAUGCUGCCUACAGGCAUUAUGUCCCUCAAAAAAAAAAAAACUUUGCCUGCAUCCUGUGCACAACAUGACAUUUUUAACCAAUCCAAUCUAAAAAUGUGCCAGAAUCCACCUGUGGCCCGAAUUGUGUUUGGUUUCUCGUUCUACUCCAGUGCAGAUGACCAAACCUGUCCCGCUGCCACUUUCCUCACUGAUACUGGGAGGAGGGCAAGGCCCAGCCGAAGUUCCACUAAAAAUGCCCUAGGAGAAUAGGCACCGGCUGGCUUGCCAAAGGGUUUGGGUUUUAUUGCUUUCUGUUUUUUUCUUUUCCCGACAGCACAAAGAAGUAAGGGCAGUUAUUGGACAGGUGUUAUUUAAACAUUCUCUUGUAGAUGAAUGUGUUGUUUGGUUCUACUGCAUUGUGGAGCAUGCAGGGGAAGAGAACUGACCCAAGUGAUGAAAUGGAGCCCUUCCCUGGAACUAACCAGUCCUUGAUGUUGUGUGACUAAGUGAAGAUGAUAAACCCCAUCUGCUGGGGGUGUCACUUCACACUCGGCCUGCAUUGUGAAAGCUUUCCAUACCCUUGGCCAUUCCCUCUCUCCUCUCUCUCCAACCCCAUUUAUGCAGGAAGGGACUGCUAACAAGAACGCUUCCAUCUCAAACCUUUUCUCUGCCUGGGAAAUUAUUUUAUGUUUGUUUUUGAAAUAAAGGAUUUAGUUUAAGAUUCUAAAUUUUAGAGAAACAAAUGUAGGCCUUGUUUACUCAUAGCCAGACAUCAGAACUGCAGGUAGGUAUGUUAAUGAGAUGACUUAUUUCUGGCAGCUCCUGGAAUCCUAAUAUUGUAAAUGAGUGGGACACACUUGCAUAUUGUGACUGUAUUCUAUUGAGGCCCUUCUCUGUUUAAUGCAUAUUAUACUUGUGCUUUUAACUGUGGAAUCUAUUUCUAACCUAAAGGUGCUGCCCUAGUACUUUUCUUUGCUGCCCCUGCUGCUCUUUUUCCUUUCCAAACAGCAACUCUGAGGCCAUGAGCAGCCAAAAACUAGAGGUACUGUCCCACCUCGUCUCAUAAAGGGAAACGGGCUCAUCCCUUGGAUUCUGGAGGAGGGAGAGGGAGAUGGUGUGGAGGCCUCGAGGACAGAGAUAGACGUGAGCUUUGACGACAAUCUGUAGGCUCUCCUGCUUUAGAAUAAGCAUGUACCGUUCUUUAUCCAUUCUCCUUAUUCCUACGUCAAUUGUUUUUACUUUCUUGGGUGUGAGACUGAGCGAGACACACAAAAAAUGUGUUGACACUCUGAUGCCGGCAGGCAGAGCAGCUACCGACUUUGAACGUGGGCAGAGAGGCCCCUGGAUCUCAUCCAGCCCACUCCUUUUCCCCUUCCAGUGCAGUGACACUCUGGUGCCCGUUGGCAGAUGGCGACUUCCCUGCACCCAUAGCUGAUGCUUUGUGAAUUCUUCCUCCUUUUCAGAACUACUCUGUGCUAAUUGUUCCUGCCAGUAUGGGCGCAUCAGCUCCAUCCUAACAAACAAGACGUUAGGUAAAACUGUGUAGGCACCUUCUGCUUCUCUGCUUCAUUGUUCCUGUGAUAGUCCUGUUGUUAUUACAGCAUGUACCCAAAACAGCCUCACAUUGUUACAGGAGGCAGGCCAGGGCAUCAAAGUCACCAUCUUUAUGUGGCGUGACUCUUAAGAGGCCAUUAUUGUACCUCAUGGCCUCUUGAUGUGGAAAGAAGUUGACAAAGGGUUGCAGGGUUUAAAAACAUACAUUAACAUGAAAGCUAAUAAACCUGUCAGAGAACAA